UGGCCGAUGGCGUGGCUUUCGGCUUCCAGGUUUCCGCUAAACCCCAACUGCCAGAGCAGAGAGAGAAAACAGAGGCGAUCGAUCAAACAAGGAGAGAGAAAGCCAUGGCCGCGCACGCCAUAAAUGUGGCGAGUCGGUGGAUCCAACCCCUACUCCAUUGCCAUUACCACCACUGCCAGCACCAGCACCAGCACCAGCACCAGUACGCCCUCCUUAAAUCCCCCCACUGCCGCGCCACCCACCUCCGCGGAAGAGGGGCGGCCUGGUGGCUAGGGUUUCGGGAGGCGGAGAUCGGAGAUGUGGGCGGCGGAGGCGGCGUUCUCUCGCUCGGGGUCGUGGCGGGAGGCGGAGGACGAGGCGGACGCGCUGCGGUGGGCGGCGCUGCAGCGGCUCCCCACCGUCGCCCGCGCGCGCCGGGGCUUGCUCAGGUCACCAGCACCUGAUGUGGCGAAGGCGGCCGAGGGGGACGACGUGUUCUGCGAGGUCGACGUCGCGGGGCUCUCCUCCGGCGACCGCACCGCGCUCUUCGACCGCCUACUCGCCGACACCGGCGACGCCGAGCACUUCUUCCGACGCAUACGCAGCCGCUUCGACGCAGUGCACAUCGAGUUCCCCAAGAUCGAACUGAGGUACGAGGAUCUGACGGUGGAUGCCUACGUGCAUGUCGGGAGCAGGGCGCUGCCGACCAUCCCAAACUUCAUAUGCAACAUGUCAGAGGCGUUUCUGAGGCAUCUGAGGAUCUACCGAGGAGGAAGAGUGAAAUUGCCUAUAUUGGACAACAUAAGUGGGAUAAUUCGCCCAUCAAGAAUGACACUGCUUUUGGGCCCUCCAAGUUCUGGGAAGACCACCUUGCUUCUGGCUCUUGCUGGACGGCUCGGUCCUGGACUCAAGAUGUCUGGGAACAUUACUUACAACGGCCACCAUUUAAAUGAAUUUGUGCCUCAGCGAACCUCUGCUUAUGUUAGUCAGCAAGACUGGCAUGCUUCAGAGAUGACAGUCAGAGAAACUCUAGAGUUUGCUGGGCGCUGUCAGGGUGUUGGAAUAAAGUAUGACAUGCUUGUUGAACUGUUGAGGAGAGAAAAGAAUGCGGGGAUAAAACCUGAUGAGGACCUUGAUGUAUUCAUGAAGGCAUUGGCUCUUGAGGGUAAGCAGACAAGCCUUGUGGCAGAGUAUAUAAUGAAGAUUUUAGGGCUGGACAUCUGUGCUGACACCAUUGUUGGAGAUGAAAUGAUCAAAGGGAUCUCCGGAGGGCAAAAGAAGCGCCUGACAACAGGUGAAUUGCUAGUUGGGUCUGCUCGCGUGCUGUUCAUGGAUGAGAUAUCAACAGGUCUUGACAGUGCAACAACAUAUCAGAUUAUCAAGUAUCUAAGGCAUUCUACACAUGCUCUUGAUGGCACUACAAUCAUAUCCCUGCUGCAGCCGGCUCCAGAAACAUAUGAGCUAUUUGAUGAUGUUAUUCUUAUAGCUGAAGGCCAAAUCGUAUACCAGGGACCACGUGAAUACGCUGUUGACUUUUUUGCUGCUAUGGGGUUCAGGUGUCCCGAAAGAAAAAACGUGGCUGAUUUUUUGCAAGAAGUUUUGUCCAAGAAAGAUCAGCAGCAGUACUGGUGUCACUACGAUUACCCAUACCAGUUUGUUUCUGUCUCAAAGUUUGCGGAAGCCUUUAAAACUUUUAUUAUCGGUAAGAGAUUGCAUGAGGAAUUAGCUGUGCCAUACAACAGACAUCAUAAUCAUCCUGCAGCUCUUUCAACAUCAAGUUAUGGUGUCAAGAGGCUUGAGCUUCUCAAGUCCAACUUCCAGUGGCAGCAUCUUCUCAUGAAAAGGAACUCAUUCAUCUAUGUCUUCAAAUUCAUUCAGCUUCUACUUGUUGCCCUUAUCACAAUGACGGUGUUUUUCAGAACAACAAUGCACCAUGAUUCAGUUGAUGAUGGGAUCAUUUAUCUAGGAGCCCUUUAUUUUGCAAUAGUGAUGAUUUUGUUCAACGGCUUUACUGAAGUCUCAAUGCUGGUCACAAAGCUUCCUGUUCUUUAUAAGCACAGGGACUUGCACUUCUACCCACCAUGGGCUUACACACUUCCUUCGUGGCUUUUGAGCAUUCCAACCUCACUUAUUGAAUCAGGAAUGUGGGUACUUGUAACAUAUUAUGCGGUUGGUUAUGAUCCCCAAUUUACAAGAUUUCUGGGACAAUUUUUGUUGCUUUUCUUUCUGCACCAAACAUCUUUGGCUCUUUUCCGGGUCAUGGCAUCUUUGGGCCGGAAUAUGAUAGUGGCUAACACCUUUGGAUCGUUCGCUUUGUUGGUUGUUAUGAUCCUUGGAGGAUUCAUCAUAACCAAAGAAAGCAUACCAGUCUGGUGGAUUUGGGGUUAUUGGGUAUCUCCUAUGAUGUAUGCACAAAAUGCUAUUUCUGUCAAUGAAUUCCUUGGGCAUUCUUGGAGCAAGCAAUUUGCAAACCAGAACAUCACAUUAGGUGAAGCGAUGCUUACAGGAUAUGGGUUAUUCAAGGAAAAAUACAUGUUUUGGAUUGGUGUUGGAGCGUUGUUUGGUUAUGCGAUUGUUCUGAACAUCUUAUUUACACUGUUCUUGACACUUCUCAACCCCAUCGGUAAUCUGCAAGCUAUUGUUUCCAAAGAUGAAAUUCGGCACAGGGAUUCUAGGAGGAAGAAUGACAGGGUAACCCUAGAGCUAAGAUCGUAUCUGCAUUCACAUUCACUAAAUGGGCUUAAUCUCAAGGAACAGAAGGGGAUGGUGCUACCUUUUCAGCCCCUUAAUAUGUGCUUUAGGAAUAUCAACUACUACGUUGAUGUACCAGAGGAAUUGAAAAAGCAAGGUAUUGCAGAAGACCGCCUGCAGUUGCUUGUUGAUGUCACUGGAGCAUUUAGGCCAGGGAUACUAACAGCACUUGUUGGAGUCAGUGGAGCUGGCAAAACCACCGUCAUGGAUGUUUUAGCAGGACGUAAGACUGGAGGGCUCAUAGAAGGAAGUAUUACUAUAUCUGGGUAUCCUAAGAACCAAGAGACCUUCACUAGAAUCUCCGGGUAUUGUGAACAGAAUGAUGUCCAUUCACCUUGCUUGACAGUGAUAGAGUCUUUGUUAUACUCGGCAUGCCUCCGGUUGCCUUCUCAUGUUGACACUGACACUCAAAGGGCCUUUGUUGAAGAGGUGAUGGAACUUGUCGAGCUCAAUCCCUUAAGUGGUGCUCUUGUUGGCCUACCUGGGGUAAAUGGUUUGUCUACAGAACAACGUAAAAGGUUGACAAUUGCUGUGGAGCUUGUUGCAAAUCCUUCUAUUGUUUUCAUGGACGAACCUACGUCAGGAUUGGAUGCUAGAUCUGCAGCCAUUGUUAUGAGAACGGUGCGAAAUAUUGUUAAUACAGGACGGACAAUUGUUUGCACCAUCCAUCAGCCAAGUAUUGACAUAUUCGAGUCAUUUGAUGAGCUUUUGUUCAUGAAGCGCGGUGGGCAGCUUAUAUAUGCUGGUCCUUUAGGAUCCAAAUCACGCAAUCUGGUCGAGUUUUUUGAGGCAAUUCCAGGAGUGCCUAAAAUCAGGGAUGGCUAUAAUCCUGCUGCAUGGAUGUUGGAAGUCACAAGUACUCAAAUGGAGCACAUUCUUGGAGUGGAUUUUGCUGAAUACUAUCGACGAUCAAAAUUAUUUCAGCAGACCAAAGAAAUGGUUGAGACCCUGAGCAAACCGACUAGCGAAUCCAAAGAACUUACUUUCGCUACCAAGUAUGCUCAACCGUUUUGUGCUCAGUAUGUUGCUUGCUUAUGGAAGCAAAACCUAUCGUACUGGAGGAAUCCUCAAUACACCGCUGUUCGAUUCUUCUACACUGUUAUUAUUUCCUUGAUGUUUGGGACUAUUUGCUGGAAAUUCGGCUCUAAAAGGGAGACCCAACAUGAUAUAUUCAAUGCCAUGGGUGCCAUGUACGCAGCAGUACUCUUCAUAGGAAUAACCAACGCCACUUCUGUUCAGCCUGUGAUUUCCAUCGAAAGAUUUGUAUCAUACAGAGAGAGAGCUGCUGGGAUGUAUUCAGCAUUGCCUUUUGCAUUUUCUCUGGUUACUGUGGAGUUCCCUUACAUUCUUGUGCAGUCACUUAUCUACGGUACAAUCUUCUACAGUUUGGGUUCAUUUGAGUGGACAGCAGCCAAGUUCUUGUGGUACCUGUUCUUUAUGUACUUCACCUUGCUGUACUUCACCUUCUACGGCAUGAUGACAACGGCGAUCACUCCAAACCAUACGGUUGCGCCUAUUAUUGCUGCUCCAUUCUACACGCUAUGGAAUCUCUUCAGCGGAUUCAUGAUCCCAAGAAAGCGCAUCCCUGUUUGGUGGAGGUGGUACUACUGGGCCAACCCGGUGUCGUGGACGCUCUACGGCCUUCUGACCUCCCAGUUCGGCGACCUGGACCAGCCCCUGCUGCUCGCGGACGGCGUCACCUCCACCACCGUGGUGGCGUUCCUGGAGGAGCACUUCGGGUUCCGGCACGACUUCCUCGGCGUUGUCGCGGCGAUGGUGGCCGGCUUCUGCGUCCUCUUCGCCGUCGUCUUCGCGCUGGCGAUCAAGUACCUCAACUUCCAGCGGCGAUAAGGCCCGGGCCAGCCCAGUGCUGCACAAUGUACCACCGCAUCAUAUUCAUCACACGUUAAUUGUUCAGAACAUUUCGCCGGUAAAUAAUUUUUCGAUCGGUCA